GCCAGACCCCCCAGAACAUCUUCCGCGCGUCGACCUUCGGCCCGGAGGACAAGCUCACCGCCUUUGACAUCCCCCUGGCCCAGAGCGAGCUCGGCCGCCCCGGGACCUUCAUCCACAAGUAUACCCAGUCGCCGGAUGGCCAGUUCCUGGCCGCGAUCACCCCCACGGCGGCCGUCGUGGUCAACACCGCCACCGGGGCCACUCACCUGUCCGAGGCGGACGUCUGCACGGAUGUGUACUUCUCGCCGACCGGCCGGUUUGUGGUCAUCCACGGGCAGUUCUCGGCCGGCGCCAAGAAUGUCAAGAUCUUCGACAUGCAGGCCACCUGCCCGGAGAGCAGGCUGGCCUUUGCCUUCGGCCAGUCGGCCAGUCUGGCCGAUGUCAGCUGUCGGCGCGUGAGCUGGACCCAGGCCGACACCACCUUCCUCCGGAUGAACGGCCGCGAGCUCCUGGUCUACACCAUGGGCCUCGAUGAGGCCACCGGCCAGGUGUCCUUCGCUCAGACCUCCUCCUUCACCGAUCCCGGCCUGACGACCUUCGCCGUGGCCCACUCGCGCGAGACCACCGGUCCCUGCUAUGUGGCUGUCUACUGCCGCGGUGUCAAGGGUCGUGCCUCCACCGUGCGCAUCUACCAGGUCGGCAGCUGGGUCAACCCCAUCAGCACCCGGAGCUUCUUCCACGGCGAGACCUGCGAGCUGGUGUGGGACCCGCGUGGCACCCGGGUCCUGGCCAAGGUCAGCGACCCCUUCACCAAGGGCAACACCAGCUACGUCGGGGCCAGCCGGCUGUACUAUGUGACCGUCGAUCGCCGGUAUGACUGCUCCUUCGAGAUGAAGAAGGAGGGUCCGAUUCACUCGUUCUGCUGGGCCCCCUCCGGGCGGGAGUUCGUCGUGACCUACGGCUACAUGCCCAACCCCCAGACCACCCUGUUCAACCUGCGUGCCGACCCGGUUUUCGAGUUCGGCGACAACGCGCGCAACAUCGGCGCCUUUAGCCCGGACGGCCAGCACCUGAUGAUCGGUGGCAAUGGCGCCAUCGCCGGGCGCAUGGAGGUCUGGCGUCGGGCCGACACCGCGUGGAAGCGCGUGAGCCAGAUCAAUGCGCCGAACUUCACGGCCUUCCAGUGGUCCCCCUGCGGGGCCUUCCUCCUGGGAGCCACCCUGACCCCGCGCCUGCGCGUGGACAACAGCAUCCGCGUGUGGACGCGCCUCGGCAAGCUGGUCCUUUGCCAGGGCUUCGACACCCUGCUGGAGGCGUCCUUCCUGGCCACGGGCCCCGCCGCCGACACCGGCGCCGUCAUCCCGGACCAUGCUCUUCCGACCGAGCCGUACUACAUCACCCCGGACACCAAGCUCCAGCUGGCCCUCGGCAUCCAGGCCGCCGGCGGCGCCGGCGCCGGCGACGGCAAGGACCAGGGGGGCGCCGGGGCCGGGGCCUCUUCCCGGCCGGCCACCGCCCCGGCCAAGGCCUACGUGCCGCCGCACCUGCGCGCGGAGAUGGCCGCCAAGGAGGCCGAGGCCGCGGCCAAGCGCGAGGCCCAGGCGGCCAAGCGCGCCGCCCGGGCCGAGGCGCGCAACCAGUUCCCCAAGCUCGACCUGCCGGCCGAUGCCGCGGAGCUCGGCAAGAUGCUCAAGCGCACGCAGAAGCGCCUGCGCGGCGUGCAGGAGCUCCAGGAGAAGAUCCUCGCGGACCCCACCUACCAGCCGAACCCGGAGCAGAAGGAGCGCCUCGCGGGCGAGGCUCGCAUCCUCAAUGAAAUCGAGCAGAUCACCGCGGCCAUGAAGGCGCUGUAGGCUGGCGAGCGUGCCGAGCUGGCGACUUUUCUUUCGGAGGGGGGG